GACAAAGCUCCAUUUCCCUUCUCCCCUCCGUCGUCCCAAAAUAUCUGAAUCUCUCUUUGCCUUCAAUGUGUUUGUUGACCGGAAAACCCCCAACAAGCUGAGAAGAUAAUGGCUUGGAGGCUCUGUUGCCGCCGUUCCCUCCUUUCUUCUAUUUGCCAAGUCCCAAACCUCCGACUGCAGCUUUCACUUCCUCCAAGAUUCGAAGCUCUGUAUGAUUCUGCUCUGAGCACUUCAACAAGUCAAAUUAGCUGUGGGUUUUGCCCAAAAUUUCAAGCUUCACGGUCAUAUGCCCGUGGUGGGCAUAAACCUUAUGAUCUCUUUGGAAAUGGACAACCUGGUGAUAAGGACUUUAGGAAAGCCUGGAAGAAAGAGAUUGAUGAAGAUGCUUCUUUAUGGACAGGAAGUGAAGAAGAAAGUGACAAUGAAAAGGAUGAAAAGAGUCAUCUGGAAAAAGAGAUUCGAAAAGUAAGACAGCAGGCAAGGGAGCACUCUAACCUGAUUGAUGCUGAUGACAGUGAUGAGCUGAGAAGUGUUUGGUCUGGAAGUGAUGAGGAGAAGUCUCUGUGGACUGGUAGUGAAGGUGAUGAUGACGACGAUAUUCCUACUGAACCCUACCCAAAUGAAAGCAGUGAUAAACAUAUAGAUAAACUAUUUGAGUUUGAGGAAACAUCAAAGUAUCGGACAAUCUCAGAAUUAUUGAAAGCUGAGCAGGAACCGGAAGAAUUGUCCCCCGGAAAGCAAGCUAGGAAAAUAGCAGUUGAGAAUGCCUUGAAAAAGUUGAAGAAAGGGCCAGAUGGUCGAUACAUUAACGUAUGGGAGGUCAUGAGUGACUUAGAUAUUCUAAUAGGAGCAUUUGAAAAUAUAGUUUCAGGACCAGAAUAUGCAGAGCUUAGACAGGGAGGGCCUAAGAAAUUAAAUAUUCAGUUUUUCAAGGAUAUACAAGCCCGUAUGAGAGAUCCAAAUUAUAAGUUCUCACCUGAGUUAAAGUUGAAACCAAAGAGCAAACUAGUUCGUAGAAAGAAAUGGCAGAAGACACAAUCUAGGCGGAGGAAAGCACAAAAGCGCUAGGUAUUUCCUUGAACAUCCUGAGUAUCUAACAGAUGGGGUAAUUCUGUCACAAUUUUUCAUUUCAAAUCCUGAUUAUGUCCACAAGUUUCCUGCUUUGACAGCAUAUUGAUGCCAUUAGAUCUCUUGAACCUAGUGAAGAAAUUAGCAUGGCUUGGUCCAGAUGGCUCUGAAGACUUGCAACUUGAUAAAGCAGCGCUCCUUCCUCCUCCGUACUUGGAGGCAACUAUGCUUGACCCUGUUGUUCGGCCUACAAACAACCCAGCAACAACAAGAAUUCCAUUAAAGAUUUGCAGUUGUAAUCCAAGGAUCAGCACAAAGUCAAGGUAGAAGGGCCCGGUCAAUGUUGGAACAGUAGUCGUUACUUGUAGGGCUCUUCUGUUCGUUUCCCUUUUUUUCUUUCCUUUUCUUUGUUGUUUAGUCAAGUGCAACUGUUAUGGGGUCCUUCUGCAAGCUGCAACUCAAAGGCACAGACAAAGAUUAGUCACACUCAAAAGGAAAAAUGACAAUGAAGAAGCUUUGCUUGCCUCUUUACCUUUUUUUUUUUUUUUUUUUUCCUUCCUUCCAAUUCAAGUGUUUCAAAUCCUUCAGUCUUUUACUCCUUUCCCCAUUUCCUGGGUUGGGGUUCUGUUGUCUUGCUAAUCCAACAAGAUAGUCUCCAUGGAAAUGUCAUGCCAAAUGCGUAAAUGUAGUCAUAUUCUUAUAACUAGCGGAUACGUAAGAUUCAGUCAAAUUUCAACUCUCUUUUUAAGUAA